GUGUCCCGGCCGGGGCGGCGGCAGGAGGCGGGAGCGCUCGCCCGGCAUUGGGUGACGCCCCCAGCUCGCUAGCGCGGCGGCGGCUUUGCUAAUGACCUGUCCUUUCUUCUCCUCCCCUCCCGUGCUAUUCGCUGUUACUCCUCUCCCGGCCCCGCGGUGCGAAGCCCUCGGCGGAGCGGCGGCGGGCGGCAGGAGGAGGUAGCCGGCCCGGGGAGAUGCUGUAGCGGCUGCGGGAACGGGGCCGAGGAGCUGCAGGACGGGCAGAGCCGGCCCGGCGCAGAAUGUCAGCAGCUUUUUAUUUAUGAAGAACUGCUUGUUAUCAUCAAUAUGCACAUGAAAUGGAAGGGGAAGAAAUUCUGGAAAACAACUUCUGUUUCAGCCUUGCAAGAUGCUGCUUGAAGGGGAAAUGAUUGAUAUAACAAAUCACAGAACAAACCACUGAACAUGAAUGUUCAGAAGUAAAAAGAAGUUUAAGUGACUGCUCUACUUGAUCAAAAUGGUGGACACUGAAAACCAGCUCUAUCCCCUUACUCCCUUGGAGGAGGAGGAUAUAGACAGCCCUUUAUCUGGAGAGUUCCUACAAGAUAUGGAGAACAUUCAAGACCUGUCCCAGUCUCUAGGUGAUGAUAGUUCUGGAGCUUUAAGUUUAACAGAAUUCCAAUCACUGGGAAACGGUCCAGGAUCUGAUGGAUCAGUUAUAACAGACACACUUUCACCAGCAUCCAGUCCUUCAUCCAUUAAUUUUGCCACAGCUCCAGGUAGCAUAGAUGAAUCACCCAGUGGAGCAUUAAACAUUGAAUGUAGAAUUUGUGGGGAUAAAGCCUCAGGCUACCAUUACGGAGUGCAUGCUUGUGAAGGUUGUAAGGGCUUUUUUAGAAGAACAAUUCGUUUAAAACUCAUCUAUGAUAAAUGUGAUCGCAACUGCAAAAUUCAGAAAAAAAAUCGUAAUAAGUGCCAAUACUGUCGUUUUCAAAAGUGCCUUUCAGUUGGAAUGUCACAUAAUGCAAUACGUUUCGGACGAAUGCCAAGGUCUGAGAAGGCCAAGCUCAAAGCAGAAAUUCUAACAGGUGAAAAUUAUGUAGAAGAUUCAGAAAUGGCAGAUCUCAAAUCACUUGCCAAAAGAAUUCAUGAUGCCUACCUGAAAAACUUCAAUAUGAACAAGGUUAAAGCCAGAAUCAUCCUUGCGGGAAAAGCCAAUAACAAUCCACCAUUUGUUAUACAUGAUAUGGAUACCUUAUGUAUGGCAGAGAAGACCUUGGUGGCAAAACUGGUAGCCAAUGGGAUCCAGAACAAGGAAGCAGAAGUUCGGAUUUUCCACUGCUGCCAGUGUACAUCUGUGGAGACUGUCACAGAACUCACGGAGUUUGCUAAAUCCAUCCCUGGCUUCUCCAGCCUGGACUUGAACGAUCAGGUGACACUACUGAAGUACGGGGUGUACGAAGCCAUAUUUGCCAUGUUGGCCUCUGUGAUGAACAAGGACGGGAUGCUGGUGGCUUAUGGGAAUGGCUUUAUAACCCGGGAGUUCCUGAAAAGCCUGAGAAAGCCAUUCUGUGAUAUAAUGGAGCCAAAAUUUGAUUUUGCAAUGAAAUUCAAUGCACUGGAUUUGGAUGAUAGCGAUAUAUCCCUUUUUGUUGCUGCCAUUAUUUGCUGUGGAGAUCGUCCUGGUCUUGUAAAUGUAGGACACAUUGAAAAAAUGCAGGAGAGCAUUGUGCAUGUACUGAAACUUCACUUGCAAAACAACCAUCCUGAUGACACCUUCCUCUUCCCAAAACUUCUCCAAAAAAUGGCUGACCUCCGACAGCUGGUCACAGAGCAUGCUCAGCUUGUUCAGAUAAUCAAGAAGACUGAAUCUGAUGCACAUUUACACCCUUUACUACAAGAAAUCUACAGGGAUAUGUAUUGAGGACUUUUAGUAUUUUUUCCACAAUAUUUAAAGACAGAGAAAUACAGAUGGGAGCAAAACUACUUGUACAGUUACGGGCUGUUCACUCAGCCCAGAGCAGGAAAAAUCUAAAACUGGGGAACUGGAGUGUUGCACUUCUUUUGGUUUGGGAUCUUUUGUCUUCUUUUGAAAAAGUGUUGCAGAAAAAUACUGGUCAGAAUGCUCAAUGAAGUGUCUUAAAAUGGUUCUUUUAUUUGGAAAUUUGAAGAUUGGUAAGGAAUACAUAUUUGUAUAAUAAAUCAGAAUGUUAAGUAACAGAAAUGAACAAAAUUGUAUUUCCUCUUGGCUUAGUCAUUUUAGUAUUAAUAUAACAAAUUCAGCACCUUCCUUCCAGGUAUCUGCACAAUCAGAAAGACAAUGCACUUUUGCCUAAUGGUAACUACUGAGAACUAGCUAACACUUUUUCUUAAAGCAUUCAGUCUAGGUGUAGCAAAUGGCUGGAUAUUACUGUCCUUACACUUCUGAAAAUUUGGAAAGAUCUUUGAUCCAUUGCUGCUUUAAUUCCAUGAAAUUAUGUACGGCUUCAUUUAGUGUUACGUUGGUAUACUUAGGGUUAGCAUGUUUAAAAGAUGGUUCUCUUAUGAAAUUAAACAAAAUCCAAAGAGUUAUCUAAAACAUAGCGGAGAUGGUCCAACAGGUGUGUCUUGAAGAGUAAACAUGAUAAACUGAUGGGACAUUUUUGUUUCAAAAGUCUGUUAAGGAAAUGUGAAAAUAUCACUGAUGAAAAAGAUAUCGUAUACCCUGUAUUUUUGUAGAACUUGUAAUAGCUCAGGAUACAGUUUUGACAUAAAAAUACUAUUUUGAAUUAGCAAGUUUUGGAGAGACUGAAAAAGCUGAUCCUACCCUAGGAAAAAAAAAAAAAAAAAAAGAAUUUUAACUUUCCAGCAAUGAUACUGCACUUUGCUGCAGUGACAGAUAAUUCCAAAAGAAUAAUUGGAUAGAAAAGGCACUGGCUUCCUCUAAAUGUCUUGGCAGUAUAGUUGUUUGGACCUGUUUGCUUUCCUGAUAAAUACACUGCUUCAAUUUUUUACCCCCUUGGAUAUAUUCCUUCUUUGGCUUCAUGCAUAGAAGUAUUUGGUAUUUGUUAUCACCAGAUUUUGUCCUUGUGGAUGAGGUGACACUAAUACCAAGAACAGUGUUUGUAGGUGUCAUAGAAUGGAAGGCAGCACAGCUAAGAGUAAGUUUAUCGUGUUCCUAGGAGUAAACUUAUUUUUACAACAGCACUUGCUGUACUCCUGCUGCAAAAGAAGCCACAAUGGAAUGGCUUCCUGACUUUGCUGCUUUUCUCAGAGAGCUGCCCAGAAGCUCCAGCUGCAUGCAAGGCACUCUGCUGUUUCUCUUUUGUUUCUUUGAUGCUGUAGCUUCACACUAUUACCUCCUAAUUUUACUUUCUGUUUCACAACAAGGAGGUUUCAGGAGCAAUCCCAGCAUUUUACAGUUAAACUUGCAGUGGCGCAGGAGGACACUUUGUACUUGUGUUAUUGUAGUACAUUUGAAGAUACCAGAAUCUUCACUGCAAGGAUUGAGUGAUGAAGUGAGAACACCACGCUGUCAUUUCUAUUUCAGUGGCAAUGCUUGUUUCUAUCCAGGCCCACAGGCACAGCUGGACACUGGAAACAUUACAGAUUUAAAGGUAACUUGGGGUUUAUCUGGGCAAUGAUUGUGGGGGAAGUUAUAGAUAACUAUAUAUAUUUAGUGUAAAAUAUUGAAGCACAGGCCUCAGAUUUGGUGAGCAUCUAGGGCAGAAUAGAAACAGUAGCUGCGUGUGCACAAAACUUCCUCUCCUUCCCUGUUGCCAGCAGGAAGAACACUCAAACACUCGGAGAGGAAUGUUGGUCUUGCCAGGAACCCUCAGAUGAGAAAUGGGCUGCCUUUUGUGUCCCAGAGCAGCACACAGUGUGCCCUCAGAAACAGAGGAUUUUAGGAAUGCUGCUGCUUUAUUCUUCCAGCCAACCCUGUUUCACUGAGGAGCUGUGGGGUUUAGGCCAGGGAAAUAAUUGAUUUGCAAUAUUGCUGAUACAGGAAAUUGUCAAAAUAUCAGCCAUUGUGGGUUGGUGUUCUGAAACUGUAGGAGCCAACUGUUAGUUUAUCUUCUAAAAAAACUCAUAACUUGAAUUUUUUUUUCCCCACAAAGGUCAGAUUUUUUGCAAAGGACAAAUUUCAAAAUUUGUAUUCCAUAGACUAGGUGUACUGUAGGUUCUCAGGAAAAAUCAGACACAGUCAGUGUGCGUAACUAUUUUUCCAGCUCUUGUUCUCAAAAGUGUCUAAAACACUUUAGUAGCACUUAAAAGCAUGGAAUAUUAAUAAUAAUAUUAAUUAAUUAAAUUAAUAAUAUUAAUUAAAUUCUCAGCAAAGCUAUGAAUAAUUGCAAAUAGAGAAACUCAGUGAAAGACAUCAUAUUUAACUGUUUUAGCUAGGUUGAAAACUAGCAAGAAAUUUUUUACUACUUCCUUGGACAUUAAAGCUUUUAUUUCUGUUUUACAUUAAAUUGCAGACCCUUAAUGAGAAAAAAAAAAAGAAAAAGAAAAAAAGAGAACACAUCUCUGAAUUACAGAAUUAUGAACAAGAUCUUAACACAGCCUAAAAUUCUGGAUGGAUUCCACUGCCCACACUGCUGUCCCGUGCACAUUCCCACAGUCGCUUCAAAGAGUGGCACAGGGCAGACAGUUCCCUUCCCAAGAAUUAAUGGGCAAAAGAAUUUCUCAUUUCUACAUUAUGCUUUUAAGGAAUUACAUUUGCUCCUUCAGGACAUGACUACAGCAGGUUUUGGCCAAGGAGAUUUUAAAGUUACUCAGUUUAUGCCCCCCUCUUUUUUUUUUUAAAUUUGGAAUCCAAACUAGUCUCAGAUCUGUUUCUGAUUGAUUACUUCAGCAUCUCCCCUGUGUGCAGAUAAAUGAAUAAUUUAAAAUAUACUAUAUAUGGAGGGAAGCAAAGUGAUCAGAUUUUAGGAUUAAAAGGUAUUAAAGAUUUACUAGCACAUCAGGUACAGUUUGGAUCUGAUUCUUGCCCACAUAACUCAUUUUAAUGUCAUAGCAUGGAAAAACUCUGGUUAGCAACCAGACACACAAACAGCUUAAGGCAAGAGACAGCAGAUGGAUGGAGAAAUAUCCUGGGAAACAAUGGUAUGACUUGCUUAAGUUUUCAACAAACCUACAAAUUACUCAUUUUUUAGCAUUGUUUAGGGGGGAAAUAUUUAUUUAUUUAUUUAUCCUGGUGCCCUAGGCACUUUUUGUCAGAGGAGAAGGAGGGGAGAAAAGGAAGGUUUUGUGCAAAGUGUUAGGGAAAUCUGAGGUUCAUUCUUCUCUCCUCAAAUAUUUCCUUUAAAGCUGCUGUUUAAAAAGUUAGUUACUUUGUACCUUUCAAAAUUUCCGAUCCCACUUUUGCUUUAAACACCAACUGACAACUAAUAGGAAAGUUUCCACAUACAGAAACAACAUUUUAUGUUGCAUUUAGAGAAACCAUAUUUUGUGUUAACUGCCAUUUCCAUGUGCCUUUGUGCUCUGGUUCCAGCAGCUGCUGCAGAGCUGAAGUGCUGCCAGAGAGCAGAGUUCUGCAUUAUUCCUGCCCUGUGCAGAUCUCGGAAAUACCAGCAGUUGCACUAAGCCCGUUCUCAUGAGAGAGCUGGCACAAGGCUGCACAUCAAAGAGCUUAUAAUAAGCAUCUAAACAUUUGUUUGUUUAUUCAAACUGCUGAAACUUGGGGAGAUUUAUUCAUCACGAGAGCUGGGUCACAUACAAUUGAGUUUGAAUUUCCUCAUUUCUGACAGAAAGCCUGGACAAACUUGGGCCGCAUCUGAGGCAGAGCAGCUGGGGGAUAUCCUGCUGUGGCUGCAGAGGAAUAGUUUUAGUCUCUCCUUAAAAGCUCCCUGUGACUUAACUGAAAAUCUGCAACUGCAUUUGACAAAUGCAUUUGCAGCUGUCAUGGUACUGCUUAAGCAUAAGGUCUGCAAAUAAUGGUCCUUCUCAGAAACCCCUUGUCCUUUAGGAAGUGUUGGAAUGUAAGGUGGAGCGUGGUAUCUGUGCUUGCUUAUGUCCCAAGUGCUUUCCUGAUAAUCAGUUGCAGAUAAUUUUUGUAUUUAGGUUUAAUCAGCUUUAUUAUCUUUCUUUUACUGGAGAUUUAAAUUAUAUGUGGGUUUGAUCUAAGACUGUUGAUAUUGUUAUGUGUUGUGGGAUUUUUUUAAUUUAAUGUAAUAACAGUUCUUCAUGUUUCAAUUUAUAAAAUACAAGAAUAUAAAUGCAAGGUAUAAACUUUCACUAAAUUAAUUACAGAGGUGCUUAAAGAAAAAUGUGUAAAUUAUUUAAGUAUUUGUAUCAUACUUUAUCUUGUUAACCCUUUGUACAGUGAAGAAGUGUUUCCUUUUAUGGGCUAAGGAUGAAGGGGCUGAUGUCAAAGACAAUUUAUUAUUUAUUCCUGUCUGGUCUUUGUUGCUGUAUCAUUUGUUAAGAACUAUCACUGAUAACCAAAGUUAUCAGUGUUUGGUGUUGAUGAUUAUAACAAAACUUUAAAAUAUAUUUUCACAUAGAACACAGACUUCCUUUUAUUUAAUUUUAAUAAAAGCAAGUCUAGUUGAGGAA